UUAUCUUUUGCUGUUUGGUGUUUGUUUGUUUAAUAAUGGCGCUUUUAAUAGAAAACCAGUUCUCUGAGCUCUCAAAUACCAAAGAGGUGUCUACAAAAGCGUUUUUGGAAUCGGUAUCUCAUCUUCCGCCUUUUUUCGACUGUCUCGGAUCCAAAAUAUUUGCACCUAUCAAAGCAGACAUUACCGGAAACAUCACAAAAAUCAAAGCUGUGUACGAUUCUGACCCAGCAAAGUAUGAGACGCUACAGAAGUUCCUGGAGGUAGAGAAGAGCACAUAUGGGUCCGAAUGGCCUAAAGUAGGCGCAACGCUGGCUCUUAUGUGGUUAAAAAGAGGUCUGCGUUUCAUUCAGAUCCUUCUUCAGAGUCUGGCAGAUGGAGACCGAGAUGAGAAUAAUCCCAAUCUGAUUCGAGUCAAUAUCACUAAAGCCUACGAUCAAGCCCUGAAGAGAUACCACGGCUGGAUAGUGCAGCAAAUUUUCAAGGCUGCUCUUUUGGCUUUACCAUACAGGUCAGCCUUCCUGAAGGCCCUGUCUAAAGGUCAGGAGGUCUCUGAUGAAGAGUGCCUUGCAAAAGUUCGGCAGUUCUUGGUGAACUUUACAGCCACCGUGGAUGCUAUUUAUGAGAUGUAUACAGAGAUGAAUGCCGAGUUAGACUACAUCGUUUGAAGUUCUGCACUGUGUGCAGUUUGGGUUCAGCCCUGCUGUGUCCUUCUCAGGUCAGAUAGUGUUCCACUGAAAUUAACAAUGCAAGUCUCAUUUUAUUUUAAUAAUAAUAUUGGUUUUGCGGUGAGAUGAUGUCAGAGCUUAGGCUAUGCAAAAACCUGAAGUGCAUUAUAUAUUCUUAAAGGGUCAUAUGAACUUCCUGUGAUGUGAAUGUGAUAUUUUACCAACAAAUGCUGUGUUUUUUUUUUUUAGCUUUUCUAUUAGGGAUGUUGCACCCAGUGUAACAAAACACGAUUGUGCUGCUGAAUUGUAGUCUGUAUAACGAACACUAUUGCAUGGUAGAAGAGUUUGUACUGGAAUCCAUUCCAGCUAGUAGUUAGUGGUGGCAGACUUGUAACAUGUGCAGUGUGUGUGUGUGUGUGUUUGAAAGACUGCUUAGGAUUGGUCAGAGAUGGCUUUUUUCUACUGUGUGGUACCUUAUAAUAUGGUAUGUUUUUAAAUCCAUGGUUCAACAUUUAGUAAAUGUUUUUAAGUAACCCAUACUGUACGUAAGUUCCUGUGCUGGAUUUGGUUACCAUACUUGAUCAAAAACUAUGCAUACUGGAGAAGGCUGUAUGGCUGGAGAAAGAAACAAAGAAACAUUACAGAGCAUUGAUUGGCCAACUGCAAUCGUCACAGAAUUGCCAGUGGAGCGAACCAAAAGAACAAUUGUUUGGUAUUAUGACAAUUAAUGUUCAGCAAUCUUGUCCUACUUUUAUGAGUACCUUUGAGCAAUCAGAAGCAGACAAUAGCACCUCAGGUACGGCACAGACGUUUUUGGAUUUGGAUACACACCAUAUUGUACUGUGGGGUACCAUGCAAUGUUAAAGAAGCAUAA